AUCCCAGGUCACUGAUGACUCCAAAGUAAGUGUGAGGAAGGCGGGGAAUGUUGGAUCUCCCUUCCAUCAGGAAGCGCGUUAGUCUGGGCUCUGUUAUUCGUCAUGAUCGGGAUUUCCUUCGUUCCCUGGUGACUCAGAAUAAAAUGACAAAUGUUUUCUUUAGGUGUAUCCUUGGUAUACCUCCCCUGAUGAUUCUUCUGAUCCCAAACAUCGCACUUCCUUGUAAGAACAGAAACUUAAAUAUGACAGAAGUAAUGAAUGAUUUCCAGUAUGUCAUAUUUCAAGAUGUGCAGAACUUGUUAGGACUUUUGGCUACCAAAAGUAGUAACAACAACUGCAGAAAACCACAGAGAUCAAAACCUUUUUCUUGCCUUGAUGGAAAGGAAAUUCAUUCAGUCCACCGCUUGACGUGUUCUGUGCUUUAUAUUUCUAAACAAAAUAACUUUGACUUUAAUCAGGAGAUAAUAAUCUUAUCCAAGCGAACUGAAAAAACAUUGAAAUGUAGUUGCAAUCAUCAAAAGAAAAACAGAAAAACUCACAACAGGAAACCAAAAAUAUCGUCAGUAGUCAACAGCAAGACAAAAUGCCCAACAAAGAAGCUUCUAAGAAUAACAGAAAAAAUUUCAGAUAUAAACUUAUGCUGGAAAAAAAUAUUUAAACUCUCAGAAAUCUGAUUAACCUUUUAUAAUGACACAUUGUGUUAAUCAUGAAGAGAAUACUUUUACAAUUAUGCUGAUGGCUAGAUUCUGAUUUAUGGUGCAAGAUUUGAACUGCAUACAAUCUUAUACUGGUAUGCAUUGUUGAAUCAUUGCAUUAUUGAAGGCCAUUACAGUAAACUCAAGUCCAUGACCUAGUUGACCAAACAUCAGUCCAGUGAAUGAGGCUUUAAAUGGAAUCUUUGCCCUUCAAGUGGAUGUGAAAGAUCCUGUGGCAUUGGCUGAAGAUUAAUGGAGGAGUUCUCUCAUUGUCUCAUUGUUGGUUGUGGGACUUUGCUGUGCACAAAUUAACUGUCCCAUUAUCCUACAGUACGACUGUGACUAUGCCAGAAAAAUAUUUCAUUGUUGGAAUUCCAGAUAUUUAAGUGAAUUAACCCUUUAACUCCUGUAUAUCGAGUUUCAAAAUGAUUUGAAGACAUAAUCAUUAUGGGCGACUGUGUUGAUAUUUUAUUUGUGUUAUUAAGACUUGACAUGUACUCAUACCUGAACAAUAAUAUCAAAGUGCAACAGCAUUACCAGCACACUCUGGACAGAAGUGUGAUCUCUUUGUACAUAUUGCUUAGUCAUGCUUAUGUACCAUUGACUGAUGCAAUGUGACAUGUAAAAACUGUACAAGGGGAUCUUAGGGAAUGUUUAGGGAAUCUCCUCAAAGACUUGCUUUCCAUAGUAAAGGCUACAGAGACCAAUUAUAUAGACCAGCUUUACAAUAUUUGGGGGGGACCAAUUACACAAGAUGCCCAAGCUGGGUUAAACUCUCAUGAUCUUAGGCUUUUUAUGCUCAGACUGUAAGCAAUACUAACCGUGAGAAACAAUCUCAUUGGCAGCCAAAUAUUUGUCUAGGAUUCAAGACGCCAUUGUUUUCUCUACCUCCUAUGUGGGUCUCCAGAAUGUUGGUGAAGUGUUCUUUCUCACUUCUAACAUAGAAGGCUGUGUGCUUGCACAUUCUGCUACAUUGCUGCUCAAGUUUAACUUUUGUACAGUUUGGGCAAUGAAGGCCUGAACUGCAAUUUCCUAUCUAGACACCUCUCAAUUAUACUUUUCCAAAAAGGAUCACAAAUUGGGCUAAUAAAAUGGUUUAUCGAACAAGGAAUCACAGUAUUUGAGAUUGUUCUUGAUAAUUAACCAAAAAAAAACCUGAAGCAGGGAUUCCCCAAGAUUCAUAGACAGUAGAGCAGUUGGGGAUGUUUUGAGGUUGUUAUGGAUGGUAUAUAAAUGCAAUUUCUUUCCCCCCUUGCUUUAUAUGUUAUAAGAUAAUUUUUAACCAAUUAUUUUUUAGCAGUUUUGUGAAAAUAAAAAAUGGACACUUGUUUGUUUUUGUUCCAACUUGUUGCUUUGUUUCUAAAUAAAA